AGGUAUUUACCAAGGGACCAACUGGUACGUACUGGUCUGUUAUUCGCGCAACAUUUGUCAACAAGUUACAAUACAUUGAAUACAAUAAAUAAUACGAGUAAACCAAAAAUAUCCAUAUUAUUUGUAUUCCUGUUUGCUUCAACAGUGAUACUCUGCAGCUCCUUCCAGCAUAAACACUCUUUUAUUUCUUCCCAAAUGUCAUGACUCGAGAUACACCAAGAAUUCAGGAAGAACGAAGCUUCAGCGGCGAAGAUGAUAUUCUCAAAGCCUUGUGGGCUGCUGCUCCUUUCCCAUACCUUCCUCACGAUGCGCCGGACGAGUUGAAGAAACUCACAAUAGACGUCGAAGAUCCAAAACAGUUACAUGUCAUCCAUAACGCAAGCAGACGACACCACUUUCAGUUAAUGGUAGAAAGGUAUGUUUGCUUACUGCUUUGUCGCAAAUGAAAUCAAGGCUAAGAUAUUCUGGAGAUACAUUCGCCAACUUCGAUACGGUUGUGAUUCCACUAUUUGUCAUACCCCAACUUGUUUUACUUGUCGCAAACGCCUUUCCCUCACAGCAGGUCGUCCAAUCAGACCAUAUAGCUCGACGAGCGCAAGAAUUCUAGCUGUUCACUUGGCUAGCCAGGACAACCCCGAACGAGGUCUCUGUCGCAAUCCUUUGGCAGAUUCACCAAUCCAACUCAACAAGCAUGUCCGAGUUACUGCACGAAGGAGCAUAUCUGGGCCUAAGAAAAUACAUGUCAGUGGAGGGGAAACUACGAAAAGGAGCACGCCUAGUACAGAUAACGAGAGGUUCAGAUCGGAUCCCUUACGAGCCGGCUCGACUGCAACCCCCUCUGGUACUAGGAGUCCUAGAGAUAAUGUAGCGAGUAAUGAAGACAGUUCCGCUCAGAGGAAAUCAAGAACUACCAUCCUGGAGGAAUAUACCACGACAGAUCAUAAAUCUUUCAUUCAAAAUGUGUUUGGCACGGUAGCUUUCAAAAUGGUGGAAUGGUUGACACCAAGAAAUCUGGAAGCACUCGCGAAGCCGAACGACACCGCCCUGGAAUCAGAUGUGCGUUCCUCACCACUGGCUCAGUCAACACCAAGUGAUGGCGCGAGCACACCGGCACAGAAAUUGGAAAGUUCAAGUGCGGUGGAGACAGAGCUGUCAAGCAACAAAAGUUUUUUGCCAAAAUCUUCUGAAAUUUCAGCUGAAAUUCCAGGUGUUUCAGACCGUAGGGUCAGGAACGAAGAGUCUACUGGUACCGAUGCUACAGACAUAAGUACACGGAGGGAGAUGAGCCCAAAGUCGUCACCUACUAUACCUACCGAUACCAAGCCUGGCAUUCAAUCGAGUCCAAAGGUACUGCACAAUGAACCUGCACAUGUUGCAGGCUCGAGACCUCGAAGGAGGACAGACUCUUAUGAUGCCCAUAUUUCUAAAGGAAUUUUGAACCUCUCAACUUCACCCAGGACGACUGACACUGAUACUAGUCCCCCUUUGUCUCAUCAAUACAUCCACUCGAAGGCUAAACCAACGCGGCAUACCAUGGUAACCAAACCUGUUCUCCAUGUAACCGAGAAGGACACUCCUUCGCCCAUAACCCCCGUGAUUGGUACAUCGGUUAAGCCUUCUGUGCCGGCGGAACCUGAAUCCGACCUCGAAUCCGAUUCAGAGGAUAACGCAGCCAAAGACAGCUCAGUUGAAUGUCAAAAACUCGAGCCACGUUUGUCCGAUGAAAAACUACCACAAUCCCUCUCAUCACUACCCAUUGAGGUGGUUAAUCUGAUAUGUGACAUUCUCGAAAAUGACAAAACUUUCGAGAAGCACCAACUACAUCCUGAUCACAUAGACGAUGAUCUGAAGAGACAUCAAGUACACAAAACUCCAUUACAUCGAAAUAUCAAGUCGUCAAGAGCCUAUCCAAAAUCAAUGAAAGACCAAUGGCGUCGAUUCAUUGAUCAGAGUUUGUACUCUGUUCUAAGUAGUCCCGAUUCUCUGGUAAAAUCUUUCACUGGCCGAGAUGGACAGAUAUUUGACACGCAGACUAUCUGGUACUGCAUGUUACGGAUGACUCGAGUCGCACCAUCUAUUGUAUUUGACAGCCUAUGGAUUGCCGCUGGAACACUUUUCAAACCUCCAAAGCAAUUGGAGUGGGCCAAGCAGUCUCAUAGUGAUAGCUCAGGUUCAGAUCAAUCAUUAUCCAAAGCUGAUGCCGCUCAAAUAAUAAGCAUAUGCUUUCAUGCACUCGUAGCUGCGGCACCUUUGUUGAAGGAUCCCAGGCAGCUGGCAAACAUGUCUCGUAUAAGGUCAUAUGGAAUUGCGUUACCUGGAAGGGAAUCAUCCACAUCAGAAUCAGCCAGGUUAUGUCUUCAAUAUGAUGAUUCAUUUACAGAUGAAUUAGCGUUAAGAUUAGCUCGCCGGGUCUUCUCUGCCGUUUCCACGAGACGCAGGUUUUCUCAGUUAAUCCAGCUCCAACAAGAUAUUAGGGGUGAUGAGAACGAACAAGAUGGUGUCUUGGAAAUUAUCCUUGAUAGUCUCAAAUACCUCGAUCUGGAUAAGCCGCCUGUGGUCAACUUUACUGAUGUAGAACGGGAUUUGCAUGAGAAGAGAGUUCCUACGUUGAUACUCGAUUGGGCACGAACAGUAAUGUUACAAGAUUGGGACGGCAAAGCAGAAGUUCCUUCCGAUGGGUCAUUCGGCGGUGCUUUAGAAACUAUUGCGACAAUAUGUAUGUACGAUCUCUUCGAUAUAUGUCGAUUUUGAACUAACAGACAAACAGACAGGAAUAGAAAAUCGCUUUUACUAGGAGACAUACAUUUUCGAACGGAAUAUUUUUCGGAUCGUCUAGAUAGUAUUGCUAUGCCGCUUGAGUGGUUGUCUUUCCAGGCAAAUAAACGUACCGUACAUUUACUCGAUUAUCCAUAUUUAUUCAACCCGUCAACGCUGGUCAAUUACUUUCGAGCCAUCAAUUACUCACGGAUGAAUCAGUCGCAUGAGGAAGCAAAAUCCAUGUAUAACCUCGUUCGCACGCACGAAGGGCUAAUUUCCAAUGAAGACCACCGACGUAAACUGCGGGAACGCCUUCACACAGCCACAUCAAGAUUCCUGGUCAUUGUAGUCAGCCGAGAAAAUCUACUGUCAGACGCCUUCAAUGUGCUCUGGCGAAGAGAAGAACGUGAGUUGAUGCGGCCAUUAAAGGUAUCACUGGGUGGAGAAAUAGGAGAAGAAGGUGUCGAUAUGGGUGGAGUUCAGCAAGAGUUCUUUCGCAUAGCCAUGACUGAAGCUCUUAAUCCUGACUACGGGGUUUUCACAAUUGAUGGUACGACGAAAAUGACUUGGUUUCAACCAGGAUCACCAGAGCCUCUUUGGAAAUUCGAGCUCAUCGGAACAAUCAUGUCUCUAGCUGUCUACAAUGGCAUGACUCUACCGAUUACGUUUCCAAAAGCGUUCUAUAGAAAAUUACAGGGAGAAAGCAUCACAGAACUCCACCAUAUCUCAGAUGGAUGGCCCGAGCUCGCUAAGGGUCUAACAGAUCUACUGGAGUGGGACGAAAGUAAAGGAGCUGUCGAAGACAUUUUUUGCCGAACAUAUGAAUUCAGUCAAUUUCAGUUCGGAAAACCAGUGAGCCGUGAAAUGAGCACCUCAUCUCAAUGGCCCAAGUUCUCGGAUAUCAAUAUAGGUGAAAGUAAUGAGGAUCCAGGAGAGAUAGAAGCUCCUCUUGUCACAAAUGAAAAUCGCAAUAACUAUGUUAGUGAUUAUAUCAAUUGGCUUACUAACAUAUCUAUUCAACCUCAAUUCGAGGCAUUCAAGAAAGGAUUUUUUGCUUGUCUCGACCCUCGGUCCAUUUCCAUUUUCGACUCCGACACCCUCCAAUCUCUAGUGGAGGGCGUGCAAGAAAUCGACAUAGUCGAGAUGCAACGUGGCACUCAAUAUAUUGGAUACGAGGCUGGGGAUCGCGUUAUCCAAGAUUUCUGGUCGGUGGUUAAAGAAUACGAUUUGGAAAAGAAGAAAAAAUUGUUGGAAUUUACCACGGCGUCGGAUAGGGUUCCUAUGGGUGGAAUGAGGAAUUUUCAACUCAGGAUUAUGAAGAAUGGAGCUACAGAUGAACAGUUACCGAGUAGUUAUACGUGCUUUCAGAAUUUGCUCCUACCGAAUUAUUCGAGUAGGCAGAUUUUGAAGGAGAGGUUUGAUAUUGCGUUGGAGCAUUCUAAGGGGUUUGGCUUCAAUUAAGUGGAAGUGGAGGGGCAUGUAUAUAGGUGGAGUAACUGGGGUUGAGGACAUUGGUGAACUGAGAUGUGAGGGAUGGUAUUGAUCACUCCGUUAGUGAUUAACACUGAUCCAUUGAAUGCGAGCACAUCGAUGCAGAAGCAAUAAGAAAGGCUAGAGGACUGUAUGUCGAUGGGCGAGCUUGCAGACGGCAUUUCAGUACUAUGAGGACCCUAUGGCUUUAUGGAAGCAAGUUACGUCAGGAUACUUUCAUCGCAGGACGGGUCAUCACAGGAAGGGGCCUAGCAUGAAGGAUAGGUCUACACAGGCGACAAAACAUAGUGGUGCGAAAUGAAACGACGAAGGCGCAGAGGAUGAAGGAAUGAUAAUGAUUGUUUAAAUACCUUGUAUUUAUAGAAUAGCGAGCAGUGGUGUUUAUCGGUUGACGUAUCGUGGAAGCAUAGCAAGCGAGCGAGCGAGCGCAGUACGGUGCAGCAUUCUAGGCGAAA